AUGACGCUGCUUAUCGUUGAGUACUCGAGGAUAGAAUUUCCAGACAUCAAUGUAGUUAGAGAGAAUCAGCAGAUGGUGACUCAGUAUUUCAGUUUAGAAGGACAUGGUUCUGUGUCGAGACAUGAUCUGAUUAAUUCUGGUUCAUUUCUUCGCCUUGGUGCACCGCAUCAACCUGUAGAUGACUACGAGAUGACUGCUAACUCAUUUGAUGACAACGGGUAUGUAUCUCUAUCUCCCAACGGCAGUGUUCAGAAUUCAGGUUUCUUGAGUUCUACGAUGACAAGCUUGAGUGAUGACCGCAACUCUGGUGACUCCAUGAAAAAGAAGAGUCAUCCUCUUGUUGGUCUGCUGAAUUCUCCAAAUCAGUUGAUCACUAAAGAGGCAUUAAGGCCUACGGCUUGUCCAGACACUGCAACAUCAAGAAAAGGACUUGAAAUCCUAUACGCGAAUAUACCUAGUUCCAAAGACAAUGUUCAAGAAAGCAGCAAUGCCAAAUUUGUUACUCAGGCACUGUCAGCUCCGAUUGGGAAUAUAAACCUGGAAGCUGAACAAUCCGCUAUGCAGCAACAAAUUGUUGACAUGUACAUGAGGAGCAUGCAGCAAUUCUCCGAGUCCCUGGAGAAAAUGAAACUCCCAAUGGAUCUCAACAAGCCGGAAACUGACAACCAAGGUAAUGUGAUCCAAAACCUUAACAGCAGUGUAGAAGUUGAGAAGAAAAAAGACGCUGCAAGGGUAUUUUACGGCAGCAGGGCAUUUUUCUGAAUCAUCCUUAAUGCAGCAGCAGACAUAAACUCUAUGAACAAAUUUGCUAAUGGUGAUUCCUAUAUGAAAGUUAAUGUAUCAUGUAUAUGGUGCGAUUUUGUUUCUCAAGUAUGUUAAAUUUGAUGGCUUUGUUUAACUUAGUUCUGCAGA